AUGAACCCAACCUUAGUCGCAGUGGUCACUUACAAGGGCGACCUAGGAUGGUGCAAGGUGGGAGACACUACAUGGAAAGGCUAUCACACAAGUGAUAAGUUCUACUCCAACGUGGUUUUUCAUGAUAAAAAGCUUUAUGCUGUAGAACGAGGUGGUUUAAAGGUGAACAUGUUCAAGUAUGAUCAGGGAGUUCUCGUUCAGGUUGGUAGUGUGGAAUCCACCAACCCGAUUGAACAUAUCCCUAAUUUCUCAAGACCCAUUAGGUCCUAUUGCUUGACCGUUUACUUGGUGGAGUGCGGAGGAAAGGUUUAUGUUGUGAAGAGAUUUUCCGAUGACACCAAAUUUCAUACACCAACUAUAAACUUUAUUAUUUUUGCGGUUGAAGAAAGUUGCUCCAUGCCUCGGUUGGUGAAGGUGGAGAAUUUGAAUGAUCAUGUUUUGUUUGUGGCUAACCUCAACAUUGAAUGUCUUGAUGCGAAGUAUUGUCCAAAGUUUCAACGAGGCAGCGUAUACUUCACUUGCUACUCUGAAAACUCCUUCACUACUGAAGUAGGAGUGUUUUCAAUUUCAGAUAAAACUAUACAUACUAUUCCUCUCACUAAUCCCCAGAUGAACUCUCCAUCAACAAUUUGGAUGAUGCCCAGAUUUUCAUUUGAAUGUAAUUGUGAGGUGUGCACUUCAGCACCGUGGUAUAGGCCAAGGGAAUUGAGGAAAAGACACAUAUUGUGUAAAACUAGUGUUGCUUGA